AUGAGAAAUGGAAGAAGAGGUCCAAAUUUAAAUAUUGUUUUAACGUGUCCCGAAUGUAAAGUUUACCCACCUAAGAUUGUGGAAAGAUUCAGUGAAGGUGAUGUGGUCUGUGCGUUGUGUGGUCUGGUAUUGUCUGAUAAAUUAGUCGAUACAAGAUCUGAGUGGCGUACAUUCUCUAAUGAUGAUCAAAAUGGUGAUGAUCCUUCUCGUGUUGGUGAAGCAUCAAACCCUCUAUUAGAUGGUAAUAACUUAUCUACUAGAAUAGGACAAGGUGAAAAUACAGAUAUGAGAUUUACCAAAGAAUUAAAUAGGGCUCAAGGUAAAAAUGUUGUAGAUAAGAAAGAUAACGAAGUUCAAGCUGCAUUUGCAAAGAUUACUAUGCUUUGUGAUGCUGCUGAGUUGCCUAAGAUUGUUAAGGAUUGUGCUAAAGAGGCUUACAAAUUAUGUCAUGAUGAAAAACCAUUGAAAGGGAAGUCUUCCGAAAGUAUUAUGGCUGCAUCAAUCUUACUAGGUUGUAGACGUGCUGAGGUCGCAAGAACCUUUAAAGAGAUUCAAUCUAUCAUUCACGUCAAGACUAAAGAAUUCGGUAAGACUCUUAAUAUCAUGAAAGGUAUCCUUAGAGAAAAGAGUUCCGAUGGGUUUAUCAAGAUCAAUACUGAUAAUAUGAGUGGUGCUCAAAAUUUGACAUAUAUUCCAAGAUUUUGUUCCCAUUUGGGUCUACCUAUGCAAGUCACUACUGCUUCGGAAUACACUGCAAAGAAAUGUAAAGAAAUUGAAGAAAUUGCAGGUAAAUCGCCUAUUACUAUUGCUGUGGUUUCAAUAUAUAUGAAUAUCUUACUAUUUAAGAUUCCCGUAUCAGCAGCAAAAGUAGCGCAGAUUUUACAAGUGACUGAAGGUACUAUCAAAUCUGGUUACAAAAUAUUAUUUGAACACAGAGAUAUCGCUGUCGAUCCGCAAUUGAUUGCUGAUGGAACUGUGGCAAUGGACAAUUUACCAAGAGUAGAAAAGGACAGAGGAUCAAAGACUGAGAAGAAAAAAUAG